GCCGCCCGCGUCGCACGCAGUCUUCACGGGAUAUUAUCGUACGCCUCCAAAUAAAUAAAAUACUCAUAAGAACCCCCAAGGAGUACCCUUCAUGGUUUCAGAUCAUAUUUCGCAUCAAAAAGUGACAGCAAGUAGCUAAACCAAAGUUAUUGGAUUAAUAUUUGCACAGUAAGAAAAGUUUCAAAAACUUUUUUCCGUAACUUUUUGUGUUGUUUAAAGUUUUGUGAGUUGAUAGACACACGUCUGUUUGUUGGAUUAUAAUCAAAACUUGAAAUGGAUUUGUAAAUACCACGAUAUUUGAAACUUUUCGGUAGUUCCUGAGAAAAUGUGACGAUAAUGAAACUCCGCAAAUAAUGAAAAUAAACACAUGAAAAGAUGGACUGGCCUACUGACACGUCGCAUCGGAAGGCCGUCGUCAUCCCAACGCAGUGAAGAGCGAGAUGUGGUGAACACAACCUGAACGAGUCAAGAACAUGCCAUCAUGAACGUGACAGGCGCCACCUACUCGGGAGGGAGCGUCCUCAUCCUCAAAACCCUGACCGGCGAAUCCAUCGAGGUUCUAGAAGACCCCAAGUUGAACAGAACCGUAGACAUCAUAGACGAAAAACCUGUCCAAGUGGCCUUCUGCAUUCUCUACACUAUCAUCUUUAUGCUCGGUGUGUUCGGAAACGUCUUAGUUUGCUAUGUCGUCUUCAGGAACAAAGCUAUGCAAACUGUCACGAAUCUCUUCAUCACAAACUUGGCUCUUUCCGACAUUCUCCUGUGCGUAUUCGCUGUCCCUCUCACACCGAUGUACACUUUCAUUGGCAAGUGGGUGUUUGGUAGGAUACUGUGCCAUCUCAUGCCUUACGCACAAGGCUGCAGUGUCUACAUUUCCACUCUGACUCUCACGUCUAUAGCUAUAGAUCGAUUCUUCGUCAUUAUAUACCCGUUCCACCCGCGAAUGAAACUAAAAACUUGCAUUUCUAUCAUUAUCUUUAUUUGGAAGUUCUCAUUAGUAGUCACCUGCCCGUAUGGACUGUUCAUGGGCAUUCAAAUAACAAACAACAAAACGUAUUGUGAAGAAAGCUGGCCGUCAGACAGGUCGAGAAGGAUAUUUGGAGUUUUCACGACAAUACUUCAGUUUUUUAUACCGUUUCUAGUCAUAGCUGUUUGUUAUACAUGCGUUAGUAUAAGACUGAACGACCGCGCGCGGUCGAAGCCUGGAGCCAAGAACACUAGGAGGGAGGAAGCGGACCGAGACCGCAAGAGAAGAACUAAUAGAAUGCUCAUAUCAAUGGUGGCCAUCUUCGGUAUUUCGUGGCUUCCUAUUAACAUUAUAAACAUAUUCAACGACUUUUACGCUCAAAUGACUGAGUGGAAAUAUUAUUUUCUGUCUUUUUUCUUUGCGCACUCGAUGGCGAUGGCUUCUACGUGCUACAACCCUUUCCUGUACGCGUGGCUGAACGAGAACUUCAGGAAAGAGUUCAAGCAGGUCUUGCCUUUCUUCGAGUCGACGGGCGGGGUUCGAACCAGCUACCACUCGGGGCGGAUGCCGACGCACAAGUCAGAUAGAAUCUGCAAUGGAAACGACACGAUACAGGAGACGUUAUUAGCGUCUUCUGUGAACCGGGGGCCCUCGUUAAAGCAGAAAGCGCUGGAGGGGAAUGGGAAAAAAUCGAGUGACUUGGAAGUGGAGAACAUUGUUCUGGAGGACAAAGCGGCGGCGGCGACCUUCCAGGUGAAGGGGGAAAACGUGAAUUUGCAUUUAAUUAACGAGGAAACGCAAUUUACCGAACCUGUCAGGAGUAAUCCUGCUUAACGGUGAGCUCAUUAAAGUUCUAUACAAGGCGGGAUUUUGUUGUCGACCCAAAGGCAUUUAAAGUUAUCCAACAGCCUUUUCAUUUUGUGAAAGGGCUUAAACAAACAAAACAUUUACAGCUAAUAUUCCCUUGUGUCGAUCGUAGAUAAAAUGCCGUAAUUAUGUUUAAUAUUAGGUAUUGUUUUUCUCUCUUAUAAAUAUAUCUAUGCAAAUGCAAAAUUUCAGUAUUAUUGAUGCCGGGAACUAAGAUUACUAGUAACAAAAUAGACACAUUAAUCAAGUCAAAUUUUAGGCAAGGGUUUUCGGUUAUGAUAACAGAUAGUGUUUUGUAACUUUAACUAUUUCAGACUAUCAUUAAUUAGAAUAUGGAUUUAAUAACCGUGGGACGCUUUAGUUACUUAUCUAAAAUCUACAAUAUGAUGUAGUUACAUUAAACAUCAACAAUAUACAAUAUACCUAUAUUAGUUGAUAGUACCUUUAAUAUAAGUAACACAAGCACACACGGCUAGAUUCUGAUCUUAAAAUAUUUUUUUCAGUAAGCUUACGUCUUUUCAACGACUCAUGAACGAAAGUAAAACGAAAAGUAUACAUUCUUAAUAUAAGUACUAGGGUUAAUGACUUGAUCAAUACAAGUUAAAAGUUUCUUAGAGUUAUGUUAACAUCAUUUUCUAAGUAGGUACUUGAUUACUUACGUUACCAUCAUAGCCGAAAGAGAUAAGUAGUGAUAAGUACCUAUAGGUUACACAUACAUUGUAUAAAAAGUAGGUAGUACGGUCAGGUGCAGAGAAACC